AUUCAACAUAACAGGGCGGUCCUGGAUAUUUGAUUGGCUAGUGGAGGAACGGUUUCAGGAAGUGAUGCGAGUGGCAAAAUUGCGUUCGCUGACAAAAAAGAGAAGUCAGGAUGUCAGGCAGAAGAGUAGUGGUGUUCCCCUCAGCAGCAGAGCUUGGUCCAGCUCUGGCUCACCUGGUAGCAUCUCGGGCAGACAAGGCCCUGUUGGACCAUGGCCGGUUCUCCCUGGGCCUCUCAGGGGGCAGCCUGGUGUCCAUGCUCAGCAAGGAGCUGCCUGCCCUGCCAGACCUGGACUGCAGCCACUGGCUAGCAGGGUUCUGUGAUGAAAGGCUGGUUCCCUUCAACGAUGGAGAGAGUACCUAUGGACUGUACAAGAAUCAGUUGUUCUCCAAAAUCAACAUCCCAGACAGUGGGGUCCUGGCGAUUGACCCCUCUUUAUCUGUGCAGGAUUGUGCUGAGGAUUAUGCCCGCAAACUGAAGGAGGCCUUCCCAAAGGAGGACAUCCCUGUGUUUGAUCUGUUGCUGUUGGGCAUGGGGCCUGAUGGACACACCUGUUCCCUCUUCCCAGACCAUCCCCUGCUGGAGGAAACCCAGAAAAUAGUGGCCCCAAUCAGUGACUCACCCAAGCCCCCACCACAACGUGUGACCAUGACAUUUCCGAUGGUGAACUUAGCCCGCUGUGUGGUCUUUGUGUCAACAGGGGGCAGCAAAGCACCAGUGCUAAAGCAAGUGCUGGAGGGUGGGGAAGGACCGGCACUACCUGCAGCCAGAGUGGUCCCCAGCCACGGUGAGCUGUUCUGGCUCAUAGAUGAACCAGCCGCUGCCUCCUUGACACUCCAGGUGGAGAGACCAGGCUCUGCAGCAAAACUCUAAAGACCAAAGAGAAGGACAAAAAGGAAUUGACUCAACAUCUACAGAGAAAAAUGUACAGGAUAUCACUUAACAUUCCUGUUUCUAUUUGACAGUGUUAUGUUUUAGACGUGAGAUUAAAAUCUACAUAUCAUGAAAAUGGGAUGUAAGUGAAUGAAUGAAUAGGAAAAAUAUUGGAUUGUUAACACAUCAGUUGUAGAACUGUGCUGAGUGUAUGUAUCAUGAUGGGAAAACCAUUUGAAGUAGUUGCUGGAUGAUUCAUUCCAGAUCAAACAGUGUAACGUCAUAAUAAUACAGAUAGGUUUACUAUUAAAGUUUCAGGGUUCUGAUUUCA